GCUUAGCUGCGAACGUAUUUAUUUUAGACACCGGCAUGCCUCGGCUCAGUCCACAGUCCUCCGAUCAGCUAUCGUUGUUGUGAUUGUGAUUUAGUACUCUAAUUAAAGCGAAUAAAGUUGAAAAUGUCCGCGUCACCAAUAGCAAGACAGGCGACGCACAGUCAAACCAUACCCACGAGGAGGGUACUCAUCACAGACCCUGCUCAGAUGCCAGAUGUAUAUUCCAGCACACCAGGCGGCACCAUAUACUCUACCACACCUGGAGGCACUCGUAUAGUUUACGAAAGGUCUUUUAUGAUGUCGUUACGUCAUUCGCCGAUCUCAAAAACGCCUCCAAGCUGCUCUCUACCCGCUGCCAUGUUGAAGAACCCCCCUCUUGCACAACAGACUCCCACAUCAGUGCAAAAGCCACGAUCUAAUUCCAUCUCCUUCGACGAAUCGCAGGAGACAUUUAGCAUGGAUCUCUAAAUAGGCUUAAGUUAAUUAUAAGUUAUCUUUUUAAAUUUAUCACAGUUUAAAAAGAAUAUUUUGUCGAUCGGAAAUGCUGAGUUAGCUAAAUGAUUAAAAAAAUUGUUAUGAACUAUUGUGAAUAAGGUCUUUUUUUGAUACAUCGAGAUGUACAUAAGGCGUUGUUUUGUUAGGAUUUUAGGUGUGAGACAAUGCAAUUAAACUUUUAUUAUUACGUUUUCUAUAAAUAAAUACUUAAAUAAAUCAACAAAGUUGCAUAUAUCAACUACGUAGUUUUUUUUGGAUGAGAAAUGAAAAAAAAAAGCAUUUAUUAUUUGUGCAUUAAAAAUGGUAAAAAUCUUACAUGUUUCACUCAAUCGUGCGCUCUUAUUUGCUUCGCACUCGAAAUUAUUAAUAUUUUAUGCAUUCAUUAGAAGUACAUACUAUAAAAUGCUUUUAAGUUUUAUCCACUAUAUUCAAUUCUAGUCAGUUUAUUUCGACGAGAUAUCUGGUCUAUGUUUUACUAAAAUUUUAUUAGUAAUGUCUGUGUAAUCAAGAUCGACAUAGUAUAUAAUAAUUUCGGCUGAAUAAAGUUAACGUGUAAAAAGUUUUUUGUUAAAGUAGUUUCUAUGUAAUGCUUGUUUGAAACGUGAUGGCGUUGUAAUACAUUCCUUUGCCGCAAAAAAAAAAAUAUAAAUAAAAAUCCUAAAAAUGUCACAAUUUUUAAUGGAAUGGAUGUCAAAUGUUUACUUUAAUUAAUUAAAAAAAUACACAUUAUGAAAGCGAAUGUCCUUGUUUGUUUCUUUUUUUUAAUCUAUAAUUAAUAAUGGCAAAGGAGAAAAUGUAAAUACGGCCUAGAUUUAAGUUGCGUAUGACGCACAAUUAAAAAGUAUUUGUCUGUAUUUUUAAGCAAGUGCCAUUAUACUAAAGAAGUUAAUUUUAGGAUAAUUUUCUUCUCUUUAUGGUAUUGCGAAAGUAAUCUCAUUAUCUUUGAGAUAUAAUUUUUAGGUCGCAGUAAUUGUUUCAUAAAUGGCUGUUAUUAACGCAUUAAGUUGACGUUUAAUCAAUAGCGGAAUAAUUAAGUAGUUAUAAAUUGAAUUACAAAAAUAAUUUCAUCUCUUUCUCGCUUGACAAACUAUGAAAUAGAUUUAAUAGGAGAAAGAGAUGGAAAUAGUUUUGUAAAAAUUUUAAUUGAACUGCUAAAUACAAAUGUUAAUUGGUUAUCAGGUUUUAUAAAAUUAUGAAAAUUAAUGUAAUUUUGUAUAACUUUUGUUAUGUGGUUUAUGUGUUCAGUAUCUACUUAAAACCUACAAUAGCCGUCCAAUGUGUCAACUUGUACAGAUGAUAUAUGCUUUAUAACAAAAACAAAGGGGUUGGUACAUGAAUGUCAUUAUUACUUAAAGGGGAAAGGGUGAAUAUUUUAAGCAAACUGGUAUAAAUUUAAAAUGAAAACUAAUGUUUAUAAAUUUAAUGAAUGCUUGUUCAACAUUUGUGAUGUUGGAUAAAAUAUUAUCAACCAGUAACUUACGUAAUUGUCAGUUUUUUUUCUUUAUUUAAUAGUGAUUCAUCCAUUGAUGAUAUUGGUUCAAACAAUAACCAGCCAAAAAAAAUACUACCAGCCAGUAACUUUCUUAGUUGACAGUUGUCAAAUAUUUUUUUAAAUGUAAUGUAGACUCAUGCUAUAUUUUUUUCGGUACAUGUUAAAAUGUAAAUUAUUCUAAAGGUUAAAAUUAAAUAGAUAAGGUUAUCUAAAUGUUGUAAAGCAUUUAUCAAAACUAUCUGAAUAUUUUAUCUUUAUGAUAAUUAAUAGUAAUUUUUUAAAUGUUUUUGAAAUUACAGAUACAAUCGUAUAGUUGUAGAUAAUGUUUCGAAAUAUUCUCGUUGACAAGGUACAUCUUUUGAUUGUUAUAACGUAUUUUGAUAUUACAAUUUAUGAACCACAAAUAAUUACAAAGAAAUAAAAAUAUAUUAAAAUAUUA